AUGUGGUUUGCUCGGAGGAAAAAGAACGAUUUUCUGCGAGGCGCUCACGUCGUGACGUCAACCGCCAUGAGUAGCGGCAGCGUUCGCCUCCGAAUCGGCGGCAGGCAUGCCCUCGUCGCGCGCGGCCUGUGCUCUGCGAUCAAGAGCGGUGCGCAAUCGCUUUCUGGACUCGAACCGGAAAGUGACAGCAAGAUGGAUCAGUGA